AUGUCUGCCUCUGUGAGUCACUCUCAUCGGCCAACCACAAAGCAAACCCACAAGGCCUUCAAGUCGGGCAAGCAUGCGUCCAAGGGUGCGCUGAGGGAUGCAGCCAAAGGCAGACUCGGAGGCGAGCGCGGCCAGCGAAAGACACCCCACCAGACCGUCAUGUCUAAGUUCGACCGACGAAACCAGGCCAAGCAGCGCCAGUUGGCCAAACGUAAGGAGCACUUAGAGGAAACUUCAGUGUUUGUCGGAAAGGAUGGCGCCCCCAGGAUUGUUGCGGUUGUACCCCUGUGUAAGGAUGGUGACGCAGCGGCUGCCAUCAAGCAGUUGAACGGCAGUCUGGACAUCGAGGCCGAGGUGGAGGAGACGCCCUUCCGAGUUUCGAUCGAUCGGUUCAAGCAGAAGCUUCAGUACAUCCCCCUCAAGCGCGAUCUCAACGCUGUUCUUGACGCUAGUCGGGUUGCCGAUUUUGUGGUAGUCAUGCUCUCGGCCGACGUCGAGGUUGACGACCUUGGUGAGCUGAUGCUGCGCGGUCUUGAGAGCCAAGGUCUCUCGACGCUGUUCACCGUCGUCUAUGGACUUGAAAAGAUUGAGCAGGCGAAACAGAAGCAGUCAACUCUCGCCUCCCUCAAGUCAUACAUUACCCACUUCCACCCCGAGCAAGAGAAGCUCUACAGCCUUGAAAACAGACAGGAAUGCUCUAAUCUGAUGCGUUCGCUCUGCAACACCACACCGAAGGGCGUCAGAUGGCGUGAGGACAGGAGCUGGCUGCUGGCGGAAGACAUCAAGUUCCCCAACUCGGGUCUUGGCUCAACUGUCGUCACUGGUGUCGUGAGAGGAAGGGGCCUGAAGGCCAACCGUCUUAUUCAGCUGGGCGACUAUGGAACGUUCCAGAUUGAGAAGAUCACCUCUGCACCACUUUCCAAGAAGCAGAAGAAGGGCGAGAUGGCGAUUGAAGAUGACCAGACGGAGCAAGUUCUUGAUACCCCUGAUGAGGGCCAGGAUGACCUGGCGGAGUUGGCGCCCGACGCCGUGAUGGAAGGUGACGAGAUGGAGGAUGAUGAGCCCCCUGAGAUCAAGAAGGGUGUUCUGCUUGAUGAUCACCACUACUUCUCUGACGACUAUGGAGAGGAAGGCGAUAAGCUCAAGACAAAAGUUCCCAAGGGAACCUCCAACUACCAAGCGGCGUGGUACCUUGGAGACGACGUGUCUGAUUCUGGCUCGGACAUGGAAGAUUUUGAGAUGCAGGAUGAUGAGAACAGUGAGGAGGACGAAGCCCGCCCCGAAGACGGUCUCGAGGGCUACGCACCAAGGGAGCCCACCGAAGGCGCGCCCUCAGAAUAUCCCCAGUCAGAGAUGUUCAUCGAGCCAGAUGAGGAGGAGGACGCAAAGGGCCUUGCCGCCUACCGUGCCAGGAAGCAGGAUGAGGUCGAGGAGGACAAGGAGUUCCCCGACGAGAUUGAGUUGCACCCUAACGUGCUGGCUCGUGAGCGCUUGCAGAGAUACAGAGGCCUCAAGAGCUUGCGCACAAGUGAGUGGGUUCAGGAUGAAGAUAAGGCUUUCGAGCCUGAGGAGUGGCGCAAGCUGCUUCAGAUCCCAGACUACCAGGCAUCCCGCUCGCGUUCCACCCGCGAAGCCCUUGUCGGCGGUGUCCCCGCUGGCACCCGCGUGCACGUCUACCUCAAGGGCGUCCCGGCGUCCUUUGAGAAGUCGUACCAGCCCAGCCGGCCUGUUACGCUCUUCUCUCUGCUGCGCCACGAGCAGAAGAAGACCUCUGUCAACUACCUCAUCAACCUCAGCGCCGACUACCACAGGUCCAUCAAGGCCAAGGAGGAGCUGAUUGUGCAGUGCGGCCCUCGGCGCUUCACCGUCAAGCCCGUCUUCUCCCAGCCGGGCAACACCCCCAACGACGUCCACAAGUUCUGCCGCUACCUUCACCCGGGCCAGUCCGCAGUCGCCACCUUCAUGGGUCCCGUUACCUGGGGCGCCGUCCCGGUUCUCUUCUUCAAGCGCUCCACACCCGUGCCGGAGGGCUCCGAGGAGGCGGAGAACGAGUCGACCGUCGGCCUCACCCUCAUCGGUACGGGUACUGCCCUGCCGCCCUCGACAUCCCGUGUCAUUGCCAAGCGCAUCAUCCUCACGGGUCACCCUUACCACAUCCACAAGAAGAUUGUCACCAUCCGCUACAUGUUCUUCAACCGUGAGGAUGUUGAAUGGUUCAAGGCUCUGCCGCUAUGGACCAGGCGUGGCCGCAGUGGUUUCGUCAAGGAGCCCCUCGGUACCCACGGCUACUUUAAGGCGACGUUCGACGGCCGCAUCAACCCGCAGGACUCCAUUGGUGUCAGUCUGUACAAGCGUGUGUGGCCGCGUAACGCCGUCCCGAUUGAGGGACCUCUUCUUGAGCCUGGUGUCGGCCAGUCCGAGGAGGAUGACGUGAUGAUGGCAUGA